AUGUCUUCAUCACCUUGCAAAGGACCAGGCUAUGCUAGUCCACUUGAUGCUAUGGCAAAUGCUCCAAAUGAAAAAAUCAUAUAUGUUUCAAUGUUACCAUGUCAAGAUGAUCAACCAAAUUAUCUAGCAACAAUUGAUGUUGAUCCAGAAUCUCCAAAUUAUCAAAAAGUUCUUCAUCGAAUGUAUUUUCCAAAUGUUAAUGAUGAAAUACAUCAUUAUGGUUGGAAUGCUUGUUCAUCAUGUCAUGGUGAUUGUACUAAAAAACGACGAUAUCUUAUUUUUGGUUGUCUUAAAUCAUCAAGAAUCUAUAUUGUUGAUACAAUCAAUGAAACUGAACCUACGCUACAUAAAACAAUUGAAGGCGAAGAAGUAAAAAAAUUUGAUUUAAGUUCACCACAUACAAUUCAUUGUUUAGCUAGUGGCGAAAUAAUGCUUUCAUGUUUGGGAAAUGCUGAAGGUGAAUUACCUGGUGGUUUUCUUUUACUCAGUGAAGAAUUUGAUGUUAUUGGUCGAUGGAAUACUGAUGGUGGACCAACACCCGAUCAAAUAUUUUAUGAUUUUUGGUAUCAACCAAGACAUAAUGUUAUGGUUAGUAGUGAAUGGGCUGCUCCAAAUGUUUUUGAUAAAGGUUUUGAUCCAAAUGAUGUACCUUUAAAUAAAUAUGGUCGUCAAUUACAUUUUUGGAAUUGGUCAGAACGUAAAUAUAUCAAAACAGUUGAUCUUGGACCAGAUGGUUAUAUUCCACUUGAAACACGUUUUUGUCAUGAUCCAUCAGUUCCUUUUGGUUAUGUCUGUUGUGCAUUAGGUAGUACAAUAUAUCGAUUUUUUCAAGAUGAAGCUAAUGAAUGGCAAGCAGAAAAAAUUAUUCAAGUUGAUCCCGUUCUUGGCGAAGAUGGAAAUCCAAUACCAGCUUGUAUUUCGGAUAUUGUUCUUUCAAUGAAUGAUAAAUUUCUUUAUUUUGGUAAUUGGUUUCAUGGUGAUGUUCGUCAAUAUGAUGUAAGUGAUCCAUCAAAUCCAAAAUUAACUGGACAAAUUUGGCUUGGUGGUUUAUUAAAACACAAAAAUUGUUUUGAAGAUGGUCGUACACUUACAGGUGGACCACAAAUGUUUCAAUUAUCACUUGAUGGUAAACGUUUAUAUUUUACAAAUUCACUUUAUUCAUCAUGGGAUAAUCAAUUUUAUCCUGAUAUCAAAGAGGGUGGAUCAUUUUUAAUUAAAAUUGAUUGUGACAGUGAAAAUGGUGGAAUGAAACUUGAUCAAGAUUUUUUUAUGAAUUUUAAAGAUGAACCUAAUGGUCCAUCACGUGCUCAUGAAAUGCGUUAUCCAGGUGGAGAUUGCACUUCGGAUAUAUUUAAUUAA